UUUCUUUGCUAUCCAAUGGAUAUUCACUGCAAAGGAGACCCCUUCUCUGCGAUGCACUUGUCCCACGUAGGGCACGGGGGGGUGAACCAGCUGGGCGGGGUGUUUGUGAACGGAAGACCCCUGCCAGACGUGGUGAGGCAGAGGAUCGUGGAGCUGGCCCACCAAGGUGUGCGUCCCUGCGACAUCUCCAGACAGCUGCGGGUCAGCCACGGUUGUGUCAGCAAGAUACUGGGCAGAUAUUACGAGACUGGCAGCAUAAAACCAGGAGUGAUCGGGGGGUCGAAGCCCAAAGUGGCCACGCCAAAGGUUGUGGAUAAAAUAGCCGACUACAAAAGACAGAACCCCACCAUGUUUGCGUGGGAGAUAAGAGACAGACUCUUAGCAGAGGGCAUCUGUGACAACGACACCGUCCCGAGCGUGUCGUCCAUAAACAGGAUUAUCAGAACAAAAGUCCAGCAGCCCUUCCAUCCGUCUCCUGAUGGAACAUCGCUCUCAACGCCGGGCCACACCAUCGUACCAAGCACAGUGUCUCCACCGGUAACUACCGCCUCCAACGACCCGGUCGGCUCGUACUCCAUCAACGGCAUUCUGGGAAUUCCACGAUCAAACGGCGAGAAGAGGAAAAGAGACGAAGAUGGUUCAGAUGGUUCAGGCCCAAACAGUGAUUCUCAGGGUAGUGUGGAGAGUUUACGGAAACACCUCAGGGCCGAUGCCUUCACGCAGCAGCAGCUGGAAGCGUUGGACCGGGUGUUUGAGCGGCCGUCGUACCCGGAUGUCUUCUCCACGCCGGAACAUAUCAAACCCGAACAGGCUAAUGAGUACUCGCUGCCUGCCCUGAAUACCGGCGGCAUGGACGAAGUCAAGCCCAGUUUAUCCUCCAGCGCCAACCCAGACCUGGGCCCCAGCGUGUCGCAAAACUACCCUGUAGGUCGGGACAUGGCCAACACCACCUUACCCGGGUACCCCCCCCACGUCCCACCUACAGGCCAGGGCAGCUAUCCAACCUCCACCCUCGCUGGAAUGGUUCCUGGGAGCGAGUUUUCGGGAAACCCCUACUCUCAUCCACAGUACACAAGUUACAACGAGGCAUGGCGAUUCAGCAACCCAGCACUACUAAUGCCGCAUCGAGAGGCUCCGCCCCUCCCACUGCUGCCACUGCCUAUGACCGUCACUAGUUACCAUGGAAACCAAAUCAAUCUUCAGGACCAUGGGCUCGGCCUCCGUAUUGCCCCGGUGUGAGCGGCACGGUCGGCUGGACACUGGGCGAGUGUAGCCCCCGCUCACACAAUGAGGAACUUAUCUUUUUGUUUUCGCUGGGACUUCAAACUGGAAACUUCUCACUCC